AUGACCCCUUCAAUCGCCGAGAUGGAGCCCGCGGAGGCAGAGUCCGCCUACUUCAAUGAAUACCCACCGCCCAAGGCCCUCCCUAACUACGAAGCACUGGCCCGCGUCUUCAUCGAGCGCCAUGUGGAAGCCAACCGUCGCGUUGUGCUGGUGACCUCUGGUGGAACAACGGUACCCCUGGAGACGCAGACGGUUCGAUUCAUCGACAAUUUCUCCGCCGGUACCCGUGGUGCUACUUCUGCAGAGUACUUCCUUGAGCAAGGAUAUGCAGUCAUCUUCCUGCACCGCCAGUACAGUCUCCUGCCGUACUCGAGACAUUACAGCCACUCCACGAAUUGUUUCUUGGAUUUCAUGGAUGAAGCCCCUCCUACCUCCGAGUCUGAGAAUCCCGACCAUGGCCGUAUCGUCGUGCGUAGCGAGUACCAGGACGAGAUGCGCGACGUGCUGCGCAAGUACCGCUUUGCGAAGCAGAACAAUUUGCUACUCUUGUUGCCUUUUACCACCGUUUCGGAAUAUAUGUUUGAGCUGCGGUCAUUAGCGCAGCUGAUGCGGCCAUUGGGUCCCAAUGCGCUUUUCUAUCUCGCUGCCGCAGUUAGCGAUUUCUUCAUUCCUCACAGUCGCAUGGCCGAGCAUAAGAUUCAGUCUUCUGAGAUUCCGGCCAAUUUCUCAGAGGAAAGUGCGGUCGGGUCGGACGAUAUCUACACUGGUGAGAAUGAACCAGAGCCACCGAAGAGCGGCAAGAAACUCGUCAUCAACCUCGAUCCGGUCCCCAAAUUCCUGCACCGUCUAGUGGAUGGCUGGGCCCCCGAAGGUAGCAUGGUCGUAUCAUUCAAGCUCGAGACGGAUCCGUCGCUGCUUGUGUAUAAGGCCAAGACCGCUCUCCAGCGAUACUCACACCACCUGGUCAUCGGCAACCUGCUAUCGACGAGAAAGUGGGAGGUCGUGUUCAUUACACCAGACCCGCCGCAUGAGCGCUGGAUUCGCGUUCCCAAAGCUCGUCGCAGCAAGAGUAUCUCCGGCGUGGAGAAUCUAGUUGGAUUGGCUGAGAUCAAGAAGGGUGGUUCUGCAGGAGGCGCCGAGUCUGAACAGACACCGUCAGCGAGUUCCGGGGAUAGACUCGAAAUCGAGAGUAUUAUCAUCCCGGAGUUGGUCAAGUUGCAUGAAAAUAUGAUUCAGAAGAAGACGCAUACUUCAUAG